CACCACAGUUGCUGGUCGACAGCAGGCAGAAUAGCAGCGCGCGAGUACAGGGUUAGCAAGUAACACCAUCUAUUCACACAUACGGAUCGGUGUGUGGUAGCGUUCACGCUUGGUUGUAUAAACCAAAAAAAAAAACAAGAAACUAAGAAAAAGCGGAACUAAAACGAAGUGGCAAAACAAACAUAUUUGUGCGUUACUAGUGUGUACUGAAGUGAGUGACAAAAAAAAAACAAAAUACCGAGAGCAAGCGAGAGAGGGAGCAGAAGUGUUCGAGAACUACCAACACGGCAACAACAAUCACGCUAUUGUGCGUACCAGCAAGCAGUACCCGCCUCAAUAACAGCACACCAUCAACGUAAACACCAACAAACGCCGUUGUCAACAGCAACCCUGCCCGCAAUCGUCACCACCAGCACCCAUGCACCCCUCAUGGCGAGCGGUCGUUCGUCCUGUUGUGCGGUGCAGCUCGUCGUCGAAGAAAGCCAGUGCGGGUCGUGGUUGUGGAAGCAGUAGUGUGGGGUGCGGUAGCGGAGGAAGUACUUCCAACAUUGCGAGCAGACCAAGGUGCUAGAGAGGAAACGGAAGCACAGCGGGCCGGCACGGUUGGCAAGAAAUCUCUGGGCGGUGGAAGAAAGGGGAAGAAAUAAGGAGCGCCGCAGAAAGGGUUGUAGAGCAGGUGGAGGUGGUGGAGAAGGUGGCCACCGGUGGAUAGAAGGAUCAUACACCCGAUAGACAAACACACACAAACACGCACACUGGGUCGGCUCAUCCCGUUGUUCUGCAGCCUCAUCCGACGAUAAGUCCGGGCAGGAGACCCGCGUGUUCCCCCGUCCGUGCGUUUGUGUGCCGAGGUGUGUGCGAGAGGGCCAAGAGCCCACAGGAUUGUUUAGUGCACGGGAGCGCGCGCGCGCGCGAUAGUGUGCUAGUGUACGACGGUCCCCCGCGUGUGCCUUUCGGUGUGGUGGAUUCGGUGGGGAAGCGGUCUUCCCCAUUGUUGUUGUUGCGUACGUCUCGUUGUGCCUUGUGCCAGCGGUUAGGGCAGCCUGCCUUCCCGAGUGACAAACCCGCCGCGAGAUCAGCCAAGCCGUGGUGUUUGGCAGCUGAAGGAGCAGAGGUGAACGUGCGUGUGCCGCAAACGUGCUGCGUACGCGUCGUGUUGUCGGUGCAGCAGCAGGAGGAAGAUGUCGGAGCACCAUCGCGGUGCUUGGGGUACGCGUGAGGACGCUGUCUGGUGGCCGGGUGCCAUCUCGUCGACGGAACAGCAAACACUGCAGCAUCAUCAGCAUCUUAUCAAUCAACACCACCAACAGCAGCUCGCCCAGCAGCAGGCCCAACUGCAGCACCAGGUGGCGGUCCAGCAGCAGCAGCAACAGCAGCAACAGCAGCAGCAGCAGCAACAGAGCCAACAGCAGCAGCAGAACGACAGCGCCCGGAGCAACAGCACAACGUCCACGUCCGCCACGCAGCAGCUGUUUUCGUACAAAAUGGCCAACAGCUUUCAGAACCCGGUCACCACGAUGUCGGGCGUGACGGUGUCCACCUCGAACGCACCCUACGACUACCGGCUCGGCAUGAGCACGGUCGUGGCGCGGCCCGGCGACCCGCCGACCAUGUCCAGCACCGCGCCCACCACCCAAUGGUGGUACCCGGGCGGCCAGAACGCGCUCGACAAUUCCCUGCAGCAGCAGCAGCAACAGCAGCAGCAACAGCAGCAGCAGCAACAGCAGCAACAGCAGCAACAGCAAACCCAGCAACAUCAGAAUCAAACGCAUGUGCAGGCCCCGAUGCAGGGUAAGAUGGUUGCCGGCAACGUCACCGGCGGUAAGGUGAAGGACAAUAAGCCGAGGGGGCGUAUGACGGCGUACGCAUUCUUCGUACAAACCUGUCGCGAGGAGCACAAGAAAAAGCACCCGGAGGAGCAAGUAAUAUUUGCCGAAUUCUCGCGAAAGUGCGCGGAGCGAUGGAAGACGAUGUUGGACAAGGAGAAGCAACGCUUCCACGAGAUGGCCGAAAAGGACAAGGCAAGAUACGAGCAGGAGAUGCAGAACUACGUGCCACCGAAGGGUGCCGUGGUUGGCCGCGGCAAGAAGCGGAAGCAGUUCAAGGACCCGAAUGCGCCGAAGCGUUCGCUGUCGGCCUUCUUCUGGUUCUGCCACGAUGAGCGAAAUAAGGUGAAGGCUCUGAACCCGGAGUACGGUGUCGGCGAUAUCGCCAAGGAGCUCGGCCGGAAGUGGUCCGACAUGGACGCCGAGAUCAAGCAGAAGUACGAACAGAUGGCCGAGAAGGAUAAGCAGCGAUAUGAGCAGGAGAUGACGGAGUAUAAGAUGAAGUGUAAAAAUGAACAAGGUGGUACCCCCGGUCUGAACCUGCCGCAGCAGCUGCAGCAGGCCGGUCUCCAGCAUCUCCCGCAGCACGUACAACAGGCGGCCGCCGCCCAGCUACAGGCCCAGGUCGUCCAAGCGCACCAAGCCGCCGCCGUCGCCGCCGCUGCCGCCGCCGCCGUGCAACAGCAGCACGACGACGACGACGACGAGGACGAGGGCGAUGAGGACGAUAAUGAGUAAAGCGGGAAAAAAAAGCCCGGCUCUCGGUCUCCCCGCGGAAGCGGCGGAUGGGGGGUGGAGGGGGAGAGGGCCCCGACACAAGGAUGCGGGAGAUAGAGAGAUGCAGCAUCAAAACAAAAGAAAAGAAAAAAAGCAAAAGAAAACAACACAAAAAAAGAUACAAAAAAUUAAUCUUAUAACCGAAUUCCUUUUAUGUAAAAAAAUGAUGAUAUUAAAUCUACGCCAUCAUUUAGAAAACACACACACACACACCACAGAAGAGAGGAAAAAACAGAAAAACACACUCACUCACACACAGAAAUACACACACAUACACAAACACAACCACACAAAUCAUUAUCAUCAUUAAGGAUUAGCCAGGGAGAGAAGGCAAAUAGGAGACGAACCCUACACAAAUUUACCAACCCAACCCAACAGCAGGUUCUGCCAGACAGGAGUGUGCCCAAAGCGCUAGGAAGCCACCAUAUGUUCCCCGCGAUCGAUCUUCCGGAAGAUCCGAACACAAACGAAUGUUUUUCCUUAAUUCGAAACUCACUUCUUACCAGACGAAAGCUGGUAUUUUGCUCCUUAUAAGUUGCACGCGAUUGGCUUUGCGGGAAUGAAAAAUAAAACGAGCGAAUAGGAAGUAUGGGCGUGUAAAAAUUGCAUCCGCGUACCAAUUUGUCUCCCUUUGGUGAACCGAUAGGAUAGGAAGAUAGGACAGUGCCCGAAUGGCGCCCGAGCACGCUUAGGUUUAGUCGUUAGUUUUUCCCUUUUUCAUUAUCCUUUCCUUAUUAUCGCCCGGCAGCGAACUGCACGACAAACGCUGCGCCAGUCCUCCCGCGAGGAAACGACAGUACAUUUCUCACCAGGUAGGCCAUAGCAAGAGUUAGCGAGACAGGUAGAAUACGGACACGCGCGAAUGAUGUUGGAACUAAGAAACAUUUGUCAAAACAAACUUGAUUCAUAAUAUAAGCAAUCCAUAUCUAGAGGAAAAAAAAAUCGUGGCGAUGUUACUUCGACUUUCUUUUUUUUGCGUUGCGUUAUGGUUUUCCGUUUUAUGCACGAAUCAACCCACAAACCAGUGUGCAACGUUGUACUGUGCAGGGCAUAUGGCGGGCGCAUCCUGGCGACAGGUGAAUGCAUGUGGUUGGCGAGAUAUCAUACUAAGCUGAUAAGGAACAUGAUGCGGUGUGUACAUUCGGUUCGACCUGGUGGUACGCCUGGUCUGGCCCCAUUCGGGUUCAGGGAGGCGCUUGAACACACUUCUCGUUGUAUGUGUUUAGUUUUUUUUUUUGUUGUUAGUAUAGUGGUUACUUUAUCCUUCCAGCUUUCUACGUUUUUUUUUUCUUAUGUUCGGAAGGGAACACGAGCUGCAUGUCUGCAUUUCCCGAAACGCACCGGUGGAAAACACCACAGACACACACAAACACACAAAUUACACACACACACACACACAACCAACACACCACCAGUAAAAGUUGGGAGAUGAUAAGAAUUAAAAAAAAUGCGCGCGAGUGAGGAAGAAGAAAAUAAAAAGGCAACACAAAAAACAAGCACUUCAAUAUGAAAAGUAAACUAAAUGCGAUUCUCAAGAAAAAAAAAGGAACAUUGUAAAACGCCAGUACAA